AUGUUCACCGCCGUCUUUGCCCUCAUUAAGCGACACGACUUCUACCAACAGGCUCCAUGUUCGCCAAAGGUGAAAGAGGGGUUGAUGGCUGGUAAAAGCCAAUGGAGCGGCGCUGAAGAUGGGAGUUGUGAGCAGACUGGGGAGCCCCUGCCCAGGGCAGAUGCAGGGAGGAGUGCACCGAGGAGAUUCAGGCCCUCAGCCUUUCCUUCCUCUCUGACCUGGGACUCCGACUCUGAAAAAGAAACACUAGAUGAGGAGGAGCUACAGCACUUUUCUAACCCUCAUGGUCUGGCUGCUCACAGCCCAGGAUCUCCUUCUUCUGGACUCAGACUCGAUUGUGAGGGGGACCAAGCAUCUCCAAAACUGCCAAGCUUAGUAAGUGAGAAUGACACAUCCGGCCCUGCGGAGGGGCAGGACCAAAAUGAAAGGAGCACAAAGAGAGAGGAGCCAAAUACAGCUCAGCUUGGCCCAACAGAAAAGGCAGAAAGUAAAGUCUGGAGCAUGUCCGAGACUGCAGAGUUGUUUCUGUCCAAAGUAAAACCAAAGGAAGGAAGCCAGAAGGGAGGAGAUACCAAGGGGCCUGAGACAGAUGUAUACACCUUCACUGGAGACUCAGAUGCCGAGAGUCCCCCUCCAGCCCCAUGGGCUCAUUGUACCUUCAUCCAGCGGCGGAGAAAGAAAAGGGUUCUGCUCAGGCCGUUCUCCGGUCUGGGCACCUCACCAGAGGCAGGGAGGCGAACGCGAGGAGGUUCUCAAAGACUGAAGACUCCAGAGCCAGUACCAGUGUCAGGUGGAGACGGAAAGACGUAUGACUUUGAGUGUGGAGGCUUUAGGGAGGAAGCUGGGGGGGAACCUGUUAAAUUCGAGGAGGAAAGUGUUGAAGUAGGGGAAAGAAGUAAAGAGGAAGAGAAUGAGGCAGAGUCAGGUAAUGAAGUUUUCACAUGCGUGGAAUGUAGCAUUUACUUCAAAAAGCAAAUCCACCUGCAGGAGCAUAUGGCAGAGCACUGUCACAGUGGGUCAGGAGGCGGCAGGAGGGACCGUUCAGCAAAGGCGGCCCGUUUUCGGUGCGAAGAGUGUGGUUCGAACUUGCCAAAUCGCCCGGCACUGGCAGAUCAUCACAGAAGGCACCAAGAGGCAAGGAAGAAGAUCCUUGAGGAGAUAGAAAAACUGAACGAUAAUGGGAAGGUGGAAGAGAAGGUGGAUGAUAUGGGGAUUGAACCUAUAAGCCUGCGAGAACCAGGCCCAGUCACAACACAUGUCAAAGUGUCUGAUCCAGACUUAGUCACUACUCCAACCCUAUCCCCAGUCCCAAUCUCAAAUGUCAACUCUGACAUAAGCGCUGCUCUGGACAUGGGCUCAGCCACUGUAUCUCAACCAUCCUCAGUUCGAACCCGGCCACGGCCCCGUGUUGUUCCUGCCAGUCGUCGCCGCUUUGUCUGCACAAAAUGUAACUUCAGCACAAGGACCUCCCAGGCGCUUGCUAAUCAUGCCAAGACUCACAACAGAAAAAAACCUACUCUGCAACGCACUUCAUCAUGCCUCCAGCCAAAGUUUACUGCUGUGGAGGGUGGCUCCCUUCCUUCUAGUUCCCCAUCAUAUUUGGUAUCCUCUUCUCUGGCCUGCAGUCAUUGCCCUUUCUUAGCUCCAAGUCAAGCCAUGUUAAGGGACCACCAGAGUCUGGCUCACCCAGGAGAGGUGUUUGUCAGUGAUGUGUGGCCUGAGGAGAUAGGUGGACAUUCAGAAUCAAGUGUGGACACUCCAAAUUCAAAAUGCAUCCAAGAAUCUGACCAUCGCUCUGGCACUGGAUCGGCCCCUGUGACCAGCGAUCCAGACGGCACAAACCAGCAAGGGAUCGGUGCCAAGGAGGAAAGUUCCCCAAUGCACCAGAAGCCAAACAGCACAGCAGCUCACAAAACUAGGCAGCUGAGCUUCAAGAGGAUUGGAAACAGGAAGGCUAACAGGAGAGAGAGAGCUAGAACUGAUCCGGUCCAGUUUCAUUCCAAAUUGGACAUCAACCACCUGCCUGAAAGUGAAGAAGAAGGUCAGCGUGAAGAUCAGAGCACAGUGCUUGACCACAACGAGAGUAAAUCACACGCAGGGAUGAAACCACACACCAGAGCAAGAUCCAACUUAGGUAACUCUUCAUCAACUCAUCAUGGCGUUUCAUCAUCGUGCCCUCUUGAGAAAAAAGUUAAGGAGCAAGAAGAAGAUGAAGCAGAGAAAGAUGGAAAGUUUUCCUUUUUGAACAGGAGUAAUCGGGACAUUGCUGCCUUUGCUGAAAAUGGCAGCGAUGACGAUGACAUUGAUGAGGAACAAAUGCGACGUUUUCUGUCAGAGGGCAUCUUAGAGGGAGACGAAGAUGAGAUUGACGAGGAGACAGGAAAUCUGAAGAGUGUGGAAAGGAAAUGCCCCUACUGCCCUGAUCGAUUUCAUAACGGUAUCGGACUUGCCAAUCACGUGAGGGGCCACCUGAACCGCGUGGGAGUCAGUUACAACGUACGUCACUUCAUAUCCCCCGAGGAGGUCAACGCUAUCGAGAAGAAGUUCUCUUAUCAGAAAAAGAAGAAAAAAGUUGCCAAUUUCGACCCUGACACGUUCAGUGUAAUGCGCUGUGAGUUCUGUAGCGCUGGCUUUGACACCCGGGCAGGCCUGUCCAGCCAUGCGAGGGCCCACCUCCGCGACUUUGGAAUCACUAAUUGGGAUUUGACCAUCUCACCUAUCCAUAUCCUGAGGGAGUUAUUCUCCAGGCGGCCUGACUUGGUGAUCCCCAGGGCUCCCCCGCGGAGCCCCAGCUCACUGUCAACAGAGGAGGAGGAAGAUAAGAGGGGAAUAGAGGAGGAAGAGGAGGAAAAGUUGAGAGAAGAGACAAGGGAAAGGAUAGCAAAUACCCAGGCCUAUGACCCAUUGCCCUCGACAUCUCCUCAACCUUGGAAGAGCGUGGAUGAGGUUGAAGAGCGUGAGGUUGGUAAGGAGGGAGAAGAGGAGGAGGAGGAGGAGGAGAAGGAGCUGCAGGUUUCAGCUCUGGAUAGUCUGAGCUCCAGCCCGGGGAAGAAGGGGCUGCUUGGCGAGGACGGUGACAGCGUCUGUCCCCGAGAAGAUGCCGACGCCAAGGUCCUGAACUUGAAGUGUCAGGUGUGUGGAGCCCAUUUUGACACGAGACAGGAGCUGUCCAGUCACGCCCGCUCUCAUCUGAGCCAGCUGGGCAUCGACGUUUCGGAUAGCAGCGGAGCACCCGUUGACCUCCUUAACCAAAUCACCAAGGAGUGCAGCCUGGACGGCCGUUUCACUCCACCCCAUUUUCCACCCCCUUCAGCCGAGAAACCCCCUGCCGAGGCCUCUUCCGCUUCGGGCAAAGGCCAGGAGUUUGGAGACAUGGACUUUGAGGAGAAACCGAUCCCCCUGUCCAUCCUGGCCAAAGCAGCGAAAGCCGGACCCUCCUCUUCAUCUUCCACUCCCACUCCUUCCCCCGGUGCCUCGCCGCCCCCGUCUGCCCUCAUUCGUUCCGGCUCCCCUUCCUCAGUGGUGAGAAAAGCCCCCAUAUCCUCCCUGCUGCCUGUGUCUUCUCCCCUGCGCUCCCCAGACCACAAGGCUGGGGCAAUGAAAAGCUUGACCUCUAACCUUUCUGCCCCCGCCACACUCUCAACAACCAAACCUUUCUGGGCACCACAGGAGACUGAUGCUCCUCUCAACCUCACAUUGGAAGCAGACCCAAACAAAGACAUCAUUUGCCAGCUCUGUGGUGCCUGGUUUGAAACGCGAAAAGGCCUUUCCAGCCACGCCCGAGCCCACCUGCGACACUUCGGGGUGGAGUAUUCUGAAUCCAAAGGCUCUCCCAUUGACCUCCUCAACCAGCUCAUCCACACAGAUGACUUUAAGCACAAAGCCAGCGCGCUGCAGCCCGAUGGCCACGCAGAUGCCAGGGGCCUCACGACUGCACUGUCUUCUCCGAAACGGUCUCUCUUGACGGCCUCCUCCUCUUCCUCCUCGCCCCUCCUCUACAAGGUCACUACGGUGGGGGGUGGGUCUUCGUCCAAAGCUACCUCUUCCUCAGCCUCCCCUCUGCUUGGCCCACCAGCCAAGCGUCCCAAGUCCUCUUCAAUGCAGGUCUUUCGCCUGAGUAGCAGGGAGCUCAUGGCUCUACCACACAGUGAACCUCCAAAGGAGAUUGGCUGUGAGUUCUGUGGGGAAUAUUUUGAAAACCGCAAAGGCCUCUCCAGCCAUGCCCGCUCCCACCUACGUCAAAUGGGCAUUACAGAGUGGUCUGUCAACGGCUCCCCCAUAGACACCCUGAGGGAGAUCAUCACGAGACGAGGGCUGCCCUGCGCCAUCCCUCUUAAACCUCUCAAAACCCCACCGCCAUCCUCCCCAAGCCCCCGGUCUCCUCUGUCAUCUUCCUCUUCCCCUUCUUCUUCCACCCUCCUGGGUCGUCUUCCCUUCACCUUCACCCACCCCUCCAGUCCACAACCCACAGAGUGCAAGACGAAUUCAGCGCCAUCAAGCUCUUCCAGCGGGCUGAUACUCAAGCUGAAACCUGAGCCUGUGCAGCUUGAAGUUACCAUGCCUGAAGCCGUAGGGGAAUCUGGGGGAUUUUCCACUGAACCUCUCAACUGUAGCUGGGGCAGUUCUGAUAACGUGUUCCCCCUCAACUUGGCCAUGGCCCAUGAAGUCGAGCCAACAAGGGACAUCCGUUGCGAGUUCUGUGGGGAGUAUUUUGAGAACCGGAAAGGGCUCUCCAGCCAUGCCCGCUCCCAUUUGCGCCAGAUGGGCAUCACAGAGUGGUCCGUCAAUGGCUCCCCCAUUGACACCCUGAGAGAGAUCAUGCACAAGAAGGGGGGAGGCACUUCCUCUCCUUCAAACCAAGGGGUAAAGAAGGAGUCUAGCCAAGGAAGAAAUAGCCCCAUGUGGGAGAACUUGGGGGGCCUUGGGAGUUCAGAGCGUCUUGGGUUUCCAGGCUACCAGUCCUCCAAAUAUCGGAAAUCCCCACUCAGUCCGUCACACUCAGGGUCCAGGCUCCACAAGCCGGGUUUGGGGGGCGUGCGUCCAUCUGCUACUCCACCUGCAGGGAAGUUUUUCAGGGUGUCCCCAUUGGGGAAGAGACCUCUGUCAGAAGAGACCCGCUCAGUGGAAAAUACCCAAUCACCAACCCAUCAACUCAAGACCAUUUCAUCUCAGCCACACGAUUUCUCCUUCAAAAAGAAGUCUUCCCCAGACAAGCAUGGAGCAGCUCAUCAGGAUGCCAGCUGUGAGCUGUGUGGGUUCUUCUUUGAAAACCGUAAGGCUCUGGCUAGCCAUGCCAGGGCCCACCUACGGCAGUUUGGUGUAACAGAGUGGUGUGUAAAUGGCUCCCCUAUAGAGACCCUGAGUGCUUGGAUGCGAAGCCGGCCCCAGAAGGUGGUGGAGAUGCACCGUAGCUACAUGCAGGGCAGUCGCUCCACCUUUAAAAAGAAGAACAGCUCGCUGAUCUCCGUGUCAUUGGAAUCUGAACACACCUUUCACUUGUCAUCCCAGAAGGCCUCCUCAUCCUCCUCUUCCUCCCUCUCCUCCCAGUGGUCCACUGUGGGUCUGAACCUGGGGCAGCUGGUAGGCCAAGAGGCCAGCCAGGGGCCUUCCAAGACAGCGGAGGGCACCAUUGGUGGCAAUCUUUUGGUCUCUCCCACCAAGCCCAGCCCCUCACGCCUGUCCAGCGGACACCCACUUCAAGCACAGGUCGCACGCAGUGAGCUCAACGUCCGCCUGCCUAGAGGUUUUGAACGACGGCCCCUGAAGCACCCGUCUUGCCCAGAUGGGACAGAGAGGGAGAGUGGCUCGCCCAAGCCCCCCCGCACUGGCACCGUCCCUGCCCUGGUACCUAAACCCCCCUCCUACCCGCUGGUAAAACUGGUGGGCAAGGUCUACACCCUGAAGUGCCGGUUCUGCGAGGUUGAGUUCCACGGUCCUCUGUCUGUCCAGGAGGACUGGAUCAGGCACCUCCAGCAGCACAUUCUCAAAAUGAACUACAAGAAGCCCGCUGCGCCCAGAGCCACUUCCACUGAACCUCCUGCCCAGACCUCAGCCCCCCCCUCUACCUCCGCUAGCGCCUCGCCAACAACUGUCCUCACCCCUUCCGCAGCAUCCAACCCGACUCAUGCCACCUCUCAUAGUAUCCUGCCCCCUCCCAAAAGCUGCUCUCCCGCGCCUCCGGCGGAGUGCGCUCCGACUGUCACUGCCACACCAAUAGUAAAAGUCUCAGAGGAGCAAUCCACCGCAACUCCACACCAAACCCCGAUUCCCAUCCCCACCCAGGCCGUGUAAACACGGUGUCAUCACCCAUCCUUGUCUGAAACAUUUUCUUUUUGUCCAGUUUCUGCCUUUCCUGUAUAUUUCCCAUCCAUCUACUUCCUCUGGCCUUUAUCAAGUGGUUUAAGGAAGAGUGCUCUUCCUCCCCCAAAGAGUUCUCUGAGCCCUGAGCACCUUCGGAGCAGCUUUCUUAACUGUCACCGAGUCCUGUUUCAUCAUGGGAACGAAGCCCUCCUGGCUUAUCUCUGCGAGAAGAGCGGGUGAUUAUGGGAACUGUACAAGGUUACGGGGAAGGAUGAACUAUUUUAAUGCCUUGUUUAUUGAAUGUCCAAGUGUUGACGUGGACUGUUGCUGUACAUCAACCAUUCAUUGGUUCAUUUAGGGGUUCAUGUAACUCGUCUCAAACGCGGCCCUCCCUGUUGGUCGGUGGACGGCGUUGCCCCCAUUUCCCCCUCUAAAACGAAUAAGUCCGGCAAGGGAUCGACCCCAUUCAUGCUAGAACCACUCAAAAGCAAGGGCACACUGGUAGCUCUGGCCUUAGCCUUUUUAACCAAAACCUCAUGACUGAGAUUAAAUAAUACGUUCGUGUGUAAUCACCCGAGUCUCGAGAGCGGGACUUUAAACAUGUAGUAACACUUGUAAAAUGUUCAUGAUGGCACUUUCAAUGUAGACAUUGUCACUAAGCACUUAACCUUAUUUGCCCCUUUGAGGACGGAGAAAUUGACGACGCCUAAUUGUGAUUGGUAAAAGGCAGCAAAAGGUCGAAGCACACCCUA